AUGCUUUACUUUGUCGCAGGAACGGCUGAUCCGACGCAGGCGUUGCUGGCCGGUCGUCGCAGGGUUGCAGAGCUGGAGCUGUACGACCAGGGCGACGAUAGCUCCACGAAUCAGCGAUUCGACCCCUACUUCCUCGCCCAGCAGCUUGACAGCGAGCACGAGAUCGGCGACAACAUAGAACUCAUCCCCGAUGAAGAACAAGCGGAAGAACCUUUUACGACGAACUGUAACGGCAUGUGGUCGGCGCCCGCGGGCUGCGUGCGCGACGACUGCAAGUACAGAGCCACCUGGCGGUACGAUGCCGAGUCGGACAUGAUUAGGUUCGUGCUCCGGCAGAGGAUGACGGAUCCCGAAUGGAUGGCCAUAGGAUUCUCUCGCGAUAAGAAGAUGGUGGCCGAUGUCCGGAUGUCGUGUAUGGAUGGGUGGAACCGCGAAUCCGGAAAGGUCGUGGUGCGAGAUGGAUUUCUCUUCAAGUAUGCUCCGGCUGUCAGGGACACGCGCGACGACAUCGUCGGCAUCUCCGGCCGACACGAGGACGGCAUGACGACGCUCGAGUUCUCGCGACGUCGCGACACUGGCGACGCGAUGGACCUGGCCUUCACCGACGACGACUGUCUCUACAUGCUGCACCCCGUCGCAACGAACCGCUACGUGCCGGCGAUGGAACACAUGCUGCGGCACCGACGCACGCCGCUAGUGUCCGACGCCCCAGUCUGCGUGCGCGCGUGCGCGGCGGCCGCUUUCGUCGGCAGCAGCAAUAAUAUCGGCGACAGCGCUAUUCUCGUGAGGCCAGACGAGACGGACGUCGGCGUGAGGACAGACGGUACGGACGGAGGAGUCUUCGGGAAACCUUUCUUCGUCGAUUCCCGUGACGGAGGCGUGCAGACGAGAGUUCCUUUCAACCCCUUCGCCCCAGCGGGAGGGACAGACGACGGGACGGUCAUCAUGGCGUUCGAUCCGUACGGGGAACACGAGCAUGGUGGCCACGGCGAUCAUACGGACCACUACCGCAACCACCAGGAGUACCCGAUGAACCAGGAAGGAGAGAAUGGUGGCCGGCGGCCAACGGACGGCGGGAAUGUUGGACCGGGAGUGGCGGAUGGACGGGGUCCGUCUCAGAAUGGUAGACCGGAGCCUGGAACGCGCGGUGAUUCAUUCCCUGGUGAUGGGCGGGGACCUUUCCCGAAUGGUGGAAGACAACCAGAAACUGGGGAUGGACAAGGACCAAUCCAGAAUGGUAGAAGGCAACCAGGAACUGAUAAUGGACAGGGACCUUUCCCGAAUGGUGGAAGGCCAACAGGAACUGGAGAUGGUCAGGGACCUUUCCCGAAUGGUGGAAGGCCAACAGGAACUGGGGAUGGACAAGAACCUUUCCAGAAUGGUGGAAGACAACCAGAAACUGGGGAUGGACAGGGACCUUUCCAGAAUGGUGGAAGACAACCAGAAACUGGGGAUGGACAGGGACCUUUCCCGAAUGGUGGAAGACAACCAGAACUCUGGCCUAACAGGAAACUAGGGAUUGGACAAGGACUUUAUCCAGACAUGGUGGAAGGCCAACAGGAACUCGGGAUGGACAAGGAACCUUUCCAGAAUGGUGGAAGACAACCAGAAACUGGGGAUGGACGAGGGACCUUUCCAGCAUAUGGUACGAAGACAACCAGAACACUGGGGAUGGACUAG